GUUUCCAUAUCUGCACUCCUCGUCUCUUGUAGCUAUCGGCCCACUAGCUCUACGCACGCCAUCUACUCCUUCUUUCUGUAGUAAGGCUUGUUGUGUCUCAGGGGCGCCGGAGGCCCCGGGGCUCGUUGCGCGUUGGAGGGCCGUUGGAGGAUCCUGACGGGCCUCGUCUGUCCUGGCACCAGAUGGGUGGCCCCGCUUGGCGGCGACGCAGAGAAGGGGUGCGGCCUCUCCACCCCCGGACCUGCACACACAAAGAUGGACAGUCAGUCCUUUCAUUCCUGUACUUGUCAUCGUCUUUGUCCUUCCUUGAGUCUACCUGCUGGUCCCGCCGUGCCCCGAGAGCUGCUCGCCCCCAUCUGAGUCGACGCCAGGCCACCGUUGGGGUGGACACCUAGGCACACGACAGAAUAGCGAGAUAGAUGAGAUGCUCUCAUGCACCUCUCCGUCACUGUGUACACCUUCUCUGGUGCAUACAUACCUGCAGUAUCUUGUGCCGUGCUGGGUAUCUUCUUCUUGGGUUCGGUCGGCGGCAAAAAUAUCGGCGGGCGGCCGCUGCUGCUGCUGCUGCUGCCGCUAAACUCCUCUCGACUACCCUGACAGACCGACAGCCCACACACAGACACAUCGAUGAUGGACAGACAGAUGACUUGCAGCAAGGUACUGUGCGCACGCCUGUGUCCUUUGCUCGCCUGUGGUGCUGCCCUCUGAUCCCCCCGGCCCCCAUGCCCGUACCCGCCCCCAUAGCCGUGCCCACUCCUAGACACCACAGCCCCAUACUGGUGGCCGUGGCUGCGCCCACCCUGCCCGGCCUGGUGGACGACCCCUCCGGCAGCUGGUGCAGCAGCAGCGCUGCUCUGGGCGAAGGAUAGGUGGUGGCUGUCCGGUGGCGAGGCUGAGGGAGCGGCCAAAUUGGGGGCGGCGCUGCGGCUGUUGAGCGACGCUGAAGGCGGCGGCUGCUGCGACAAGCUUGCGGCUGAAAACCAAACCACUCAGGUCAACCAAUGGCACAAUAAGUAGGCUUUUCCUUUCGUCCUCACCAUUUCGGCUAUCAUUGGCUAUGGCGGUCGAUCGCUUCUGGAGUACGUCACGAAUGGCCUUCUUCUUGUUGCCAAUGUCGUUCUUCUUUCGCCGAAUGGCGUCCUGCAGUUGACGACGCUCGGCAUCCAUGCGAUUGAUCUCGGUCUUGUCGCGCCCAAUGCCCUAAGAGAAGAAAGCAGAGCAGUAUGUUGACAAGCCGGGGUGAGCAUUUCUUUCGCCGAAUGGCGUCCUGCAGUUGACGACGCUCGGCAUCCAUGCGAUUGAUCUCGGUCUUAUCGCGCCCAAUGCCCUAAGAGAAGAAAGCAGAGCAGUAUGUUGACAAGCCGGGGUGAGCAUAUGUGUGUGUGUGUGUGUGUGUCUGUGUGUGUGUAUCGAUCGGUUGACCUCCGAAGUCUGUGCGCUGUCGGGCAACGGGAGGUCGUACAGGGCAUGAGACACCAGAAUAUAAAAUGUAGGCGGCGAUCGGCAGCAGCCUGUGUGUACAAGAGACACAACAACGUAAUUUCCUGACUAAGUGAGUGGUGAGUCUAUACGUCUCACCUCUGUCGCCCUGCCUCUCCAGCAACGCUGUGGCACGCCCUCGCCCGCCAUCGUCACCGUUACCACACAAUGCAACGCCAUGCAAUGCACACGGACGCAACUAGAAAGUCCGCCUAUUAAAAACCCCAAUCCAAUCGGACACACACACGAUGCAGGAAAGUCCACCCACCGCUCGACAAAUCGGCACGUUAGAUAGCCAGAAAAACCAGACGUUAUAGAAAGGGUGUAGGUGUGGG